UUAUGUGUAAAAAAUACAAAUUUCCUUCAAGAUAGAAAGUGUUCUCAAAAUGUUGGCUGAAAUUGCACUCAAUACGUUGGAAGAACCACAAGCUCAGCAGCUUGCAGAAAACGUGGACCAGAGCUUGACUGACAAAAUUAAACUUAUUUUUCGAAAUAUCACAGUGGAACCAAUACUAGCAUGCUAUAUAAUGCCUAGUGUACUGUCUAGUUUGGCUACGCAAAAUCUUAACUUGGAGAAAGCAUGCCGUGUUAAUAUGGAUUACGGUGACACGGUAUGUGAUGCACUGACACGUCGUGAGACUGCUAAUUACACUCUUGAGGAAGAAACGGUUCAACAAAUGGUAGCACAUAUGGCAGCUUGGAAGACAGUUAUACAAUCGUUAUUUCCUUGCUUACUUAUCUUAUUCUGGGGUUCAUGGAGCGAUCGUCACCAUCGACGCAAGCCUUGCAUACUUAUACCGAUUGUAGGUGAAUUCAUUGGUAUAGUAGGUCUGAUGUUUUGUGUGUACUUUGAGCGCACACCCAUGGAAGUAGUGGCCAUGACGGAAGCUAUAGCUCCAUCACUUAGUGGUGGUUGGUUUACAAUGCUGAUGGGUGUUUUUAGUUAUAUAGCUGACAUUACCACUGAAGAGGAGCGCACAUUGAGGGUGGGAAUUUUAAAUGUUUGCUUCUCGAUGGGAGUACCUAUCGGUAUGGCUUUUAGUGGUGUUCUAUUGACAAAAAUCGGUUUUUAUGGAAUUUUCUCAAUAUCAGCAACCAUGUACGUGAUUUCAUUCAUUUAUGGUUUUUUCUAUUUGACGGAACCAAGAUUGAACAAAAAUUUAGAUCAAUGUGAGCACAAAAGUAUUUUGUGUGAUUUUUUCAACAAGAAGCAUAUUGUACAGACAUUCAAAGUGGCUUUUCAGAAAGGUGAAAAUUAUCGUCGAAAACGUGUCAUUCUUAUAAUGAUCGUCGUUAUGAUUGUUAUUGGGCCUUUGCACGGUGAGUUGACUGUGACGUAUCUAUUCUCGAGGUUUCGUUUUAAUUGGAAUGAGGUGGAUUUUAGCAUAUAUUCCACUGUUGCUAUGGUAUUAGGCUUAGCGGGUGUAGUCUUUUGUGUGGGCGUACUUUCGCAUAAAUUUAACAUCGAUGAUGCUUUGAUCGGAGUGCUCUCUUGUCUAUCGAAAAUUUUCGGUGGUUUUGUGUACGCCUUCGCAACACAGCCUUGGCACAUGUACAUGGGAGGCUUUGUUGAAAUGUUCAAUGGCACUUCCUUUAUAGCCAUGCGUUCCAUUGCUACAAAAUUAGUCAACAAAGAUGAGCUGGGUAAAGUGAACUCUCUUUUUGGUGUGGCAGAAGCAUUGAUGCCAAUGGUUUUUGGUCCGAUGUAUACUACACUCUAUGCAGCAACGAUUACAAUUUUACCUGGAGCUUUUUAUUUACUUGGUAGCGGCCUGACAGUAUUUGCUGUAUUGAUAUUUUUUUGGAUGUACUAUUUCCAAUGUCAAUUGAAUUUAUUAAAAGAAAAUUCUACAGAAGGUGCUACUCGGGAAAGUGAAAAUGUUAACACCCGUAGCGAUAUGAACACCAUUGAAGUUUAUGUUAUAAAUAAUGAGGAAAAUGACAGAAUACAUUCUGUUGAUACUAAUGCUAAUCACGAGAAUUCUGAAAACACCGUUAAAACCAUAUAUAAGCAAGAACAACAGCUUAAAGGUACGGAUAAUGUAGCUUUUGUCUCAGAUACUGGAGAGCAUUACUUCUAGUUUUAGCCACUAAAAUACUUAUUAUUUUUUUUAUAUAAAUAUUUUUUACUUAUUAUGCUAAUGAAUAAUUGUU